GCUUCAUGUUCCUCCGCACGCCUUCCGCGCCGCGCACCUCUAGCGCACAGUGAUGCUCGCACCUGAAGACCCGCAGCAUCAGCACCAGCGGAUCUCCAUGACGACAGCAGCACCUCCAGCAUGGUGCAGAAAUCCCGCAACGGCGGCAUGUAUCCCGCCCCGCAGGCCGAGAAGAAGCUGAAGGUGGGCUUCGUGGGGCUCGAGGCGGGCGCGACGGAAUCGAGCCGAGACGGCGCGCUGCUGAUCGCGGGCGCGGAGGCGACGAAGCGCGGCAGCAUCUUGAGCAAACAGCGCUCCAGCAUCUCCGGGAAGAGGCCGCCGAAGCGCAACGCGUUCUACCGACGCCUGCAGAAUUUCCUCUACAAUGUUCUGGAGAGACCGCGCGGAUGGGCGUUCAUCUACCACGCUUACGUUUUCCUGCUGGUUUUCUCCUGUCUGGUUCUGUCUGUGUUCUCCACCAUCAGAGAAUAUGAGAAGAGCUCAGAAGACGCCCUCUACAUCCUGGAAAUUGUAACCAUUGUGGUUUUCGGAGUGGAGUACAUCGUGAGGAUCUGGUCUGCAGGAUGUUGCUGUCGAUACAGAGGAUGGAGGGGAAGGUUAAAAUUCGCCCGGAAACCUUUCUGUGUUAUCGACAUCAUGGUGCUGAUCGCCUCGAUCUCGGUUUUGGCCGCUGGAACGCAGGGGAAUGUGUUCGCCACCUCCGCCAUCAGGAGUCUCCGGUUCCUCCAGAUUCUCCGGAUGAUCCGCAUGGAUCGGCGCGGGGGAACCUGGAAGCUCUUGGGAUCUGUGGUCUACGCUCACAGCAAGGAACUGAUCACUGCCUGGUACAUUGGCUUCCUGUGUCUGAUCCUGGCCUCGUUCCUGGUCUAUCUCGCUGAGAAGGAGGAUAACGAGAUGUUUGAGACCUACGCCGAUGCGCUCUGGUGGGGUCUGAUCACUCUGACCACCAUCGGCUACGGUGAUAAAUAUCCCAUAACCUGGAAUGGACGUCUCCUCGCCGCGACCUUCACCCUGAUCGGCGUGUCGUUCUUCGCGCUGCCUGCGGGAAUUCUGGGUUCUGGGUUUGCCUUGAAAGUUCAGGAACAGCAUCGGCAGAAACAUUUCGAGAAGCGCAGAAAUCCAGCAGCCGGCUUAAUUCAGGCUGCCUGGAGGUUUUACGCCACAAACCUGAAUCGCACGGAUCUCUAUUCGACAUGGGACUAUUAUGAAAGGACCGUUUCGGUGCCCAUGUACAGACUCAUCCCUCCUCUGAACCAGCUCGAUCUGCUGAGAAACCUCAAGAGCAAAUCUGGCCUCUCCUUUAGGAAGGAAGCCCAACCAGAACCUUCUCCGAGUCAGAAAGUGAGCCUGAAAGAGCGUGUGUUCUCCAGCCCGAGAAACUCUGCGAACAAAGGGAAGAACUCUCCUCAGGGCCAGCAGCCCCUGCGAUGCUCUCCCAGUGCUGACAACAGCAUCGAGGACAGUCCUUCCAAAGUACCCAAGAGCCUCAGCUUCAGCGACCGCAGUCGGGCCAGACAGGCCUUCCGCUUCAAAGGCGCUGCGUCCCGCCAGAACUCAGAAGUGCUCAUUGAGAUGCAAGAGGAAGAUUUGAGACACAGGAACUCUCCAGAAGCCAGCCUUCCCGGAGAAGACAUUGUUGAUGACAAUAAGAGCUGCCAUUGUGAGUUUGUCCCUCAGGAUUUAACGCCGGGACUAAAAGUUACCAUCAGGGCCGUGUGCAUCAUGAGGUUCAUGGUGUCCAAGCGAAAGUUUAAAGAGAGUCUGCGGCCGUAUGACGUGAUGGACGUGAUCGAGCAGUAUUCGGCCGGACAUCUGGACAUGUUGGCACGCAUUAAAAAUCUGCAGUCCAGAGUGGAUCAGAUUGUUGGUCGGGGUCCUUCAGUCACAGACAAGGAUCGUCCGAAAGGAGCGUAAACAGGUGUAUCACCGGAACUCUCCGUUUUAUAAUCCUCUUUUUUUUAGGUGAUGUCAAUGGAGAGGAAGCUGGAUUUUCUGGUCAACAUCUACAUCCAGCGCAUGGGCAUCCCGCAGUCUGAGACAGAUGCUUACUUCGCCUCUAAGGAGCCGGACCCGGCGCCGCCGUACCACAGUCCGGUGGAGCACAUGGAGAAGAGCGGCUCCAUCACCAAAAUCAUCCGCUCCAACAGCUCAGCAGGCCAGAAGAACUUCGACCCGCCGCCGUCGACCUGCGUCAACCACCACUGCCCGCCCUCCACAUCCUGGCACCUUCACAGCCGCCCCGAACCCACGCAAGGUACGUCACCCACGGCUGACCCAUCGCUAGUGCGCAUCCCGCCGCCUCCGGCCCACGAGCGCUCGUCCGCCGGCCACAACGGAGGCUCUCGCGGGGCUGGACAGCAUCAUGCGUCGCAACGCGAAGAUGGACGCCCGCUGGCUCUUUCCAAGCAGCAGGCCGGAGCCGAGAGCGACACGUCCAUAUCCAUCCCCUCGGUGGACCACGAGGAACUGGAGCGCUCCUUCAGCGGCUUCAGCAUCUCGCAGUCCAAAGAGAACCUGGACUUCCUCAACAACGCCUACUUCAGCGGUGUGUCGCACUGCACUAAAGUGAUGUCAAUGGAGAGGAAGCUGGAUUUCCUAGUCAACAUCUACAUCCAGCGCAUGGGCAUCCCGCAGUCUGAGACGGAUGCAUACUUCGCCUCUAAGGAGCCGGAGCCAGCGCCGCCGUACCACAGUCCGGUGGAGCACAUGGAGAAGAGAGCACUUCACACAGGAAGACUGCACUUCUCCAAAGAGGACAGUUGGUUUGCAUCAUCCGUCUUCCGUAUCAGUCGCCGCAGUCUUUCUCUAACGCUCCCUUUAAUGCUGUUCAUCUGCUGUUUGUGCUGGACAGAUGGGGGAGACCGGGGCUAG